ACGCUCCUCGAGGAGCUUUCCCACAAGCUCAGUAAGCGCCGCGAGCUCGCCGUGGCCGGGAGCGUGGUCUCGCGGUUGUCACGCGUUCAUAGAUAAAAUAUAACUCUUGCAUCCCAGACUUAUCCCAGCGACGAGACGUUUGCUGUUCUCGCAGGUUCAGUCCGAAACUUCGUGCGGGGAGAAAGUUCCACGGAAAAAAAGAGUUGCAAAUCGGCGAAUCGUGAGAUCGGCCAAUAUUUUCGCCGACGGACGUUUCUUUUCCGCCUCACACAGCGAGAUACACCUGGCGAUUUUUCCGGAAAGAUUACUUUCACAGAAGACAUAGAGGGAUCACUUCAUUAAAUUUCAGACGAAACUUUUUAUUUGGGAAAGAGAAAAGGGAGACAAUUAAGUUGAAGUCUCGCAUCCCCCUCGCGUCGAAUGGAUGCUUUGAUCAAAGAUAAAAGUUCGACUAUAUUCGAUGAAUAAAAGGAAGUCUAGUUGCGCUAAGGGGCACUUCAACUUACUUCGCUAAGUUACGCUGAGAGGAUCCCGGAUCGAGGAAGCUAGCCCGUGAGGAAUUGCGAGGUAGCUUUCGGCGAGCUGACGUCAUCUAGAACAAACAAGUAGACUGAAGGUUCGCGGCGGGGUGGGUAUUAUGUCCCAAGGCUAAAGGAAAGAAAGCGAAGGCGAAGCGGUAGGAGCAACGGCAGGAGCAAGAGCAGGAGCAGCAGCAGCAGUAGUAGCGGCAGCAUCAGCAGCGGUAGCGGCAGCAGUCGGAAACAGGAAAGGUGAAAGAAGAGAGAGAACGCAGGAGAGUAGAAAGACGUCAGAGGAAGACGUCGACGAAGACGAAGAACGAGGAGGAAGAGAAAGCUCGGGAGCUCGAGCCUCGGGGUUAUUACGACAGGCAAGUUAGACAGGCGAGAUAGGAUUUCGAUCGAGGUACUUCCGGGUGCCGUGGUGGUUAAGAGCCGAUUAAUGCGAUCGGUUCUAAUUAGCAAUCAGCUAUUUCGCAGUCGUAAUUCGCUUUUUCGCCCGCGUGAUUUUGAAUAUCUAAUUGAGACGUCAUUGUCGUCGCCGUCGUCGAUUGCCGUCGCCGCCGCCACCGCCGCCGUCGCCGUCGUCAUCGUCGUCGUCGUCGUCGUCGUCGUCGUCGUCGUCGUUAUUUUUUAUCGGAGGAAGGGUGAAAUCGAUCCUAUCUCGAUGCUGACUCAAGAUAUUUUUGGCAUCAUUCAGCAAUGAUGACGGGCGCAGUAUUUCCAAGGAACAUCUCCGUACUUGUUAUCAACUGAUUGAUCAGACUGACUGAUCCGACGAAGGAAUUGAUCCCUCACGCAUUAAUAGGACGAGGACGAACGAUGCUCGAUAAAGCUACGUAAGGAUCGCGCGUACCUGUUCCUCUUUGCCUUUUUUUCGUCGAGGGUGACGGAAAGAGAAGGAGCUAAAGAUGUGCUCGAGAUCGUUGCUACUGUGCGUCCUCGGCAUCAUCGCUGUCGUCAACGAAUCCGAAGCCAGCUGGGAAGAAUGGUGGACCUACGAUGGUAUUUCUGGACCUUCGUUUUGGGGCCUGAUAAAUCCACAGUGGUCUCUCUGCACCAAAGGGAGGCGACAGAGUCCCAUCAACAUCGAGCCGGACAAGUUACUCUUCGAUCGUCACUUGAGACCGGUGCACGUCGACAAACACAGGAUUUCCGGACACUUACAUAAUACUGGGCAAUUCCUGGUAUUUAGAGCAGACAGAGAAGCGAAGAUACGGGUUAAUAUAACGGGUGGUCCACUCGCCUAUCACUACCAGUUCGAAGAGAUAUAUAUUCACUACGGAAUGGACGACGGUCAUGGUUCCGAGCAUCGUAUUAAUAACUAUGCCUUUCCUGCUGAGAUACAAGUCUACGGUUUUAACGCCGAACUGUAUCACAACAUGAGCGAGGCGCAGCAUAAAAGUCAGGGGCUGGUGGCGAUCUCGUUAAUGGUGCAGCUUGGCGAGACGUUAAAUCCCGAGCUGCAGAUCAUCACCAGCGUGUUCAAUAAGGUCAUACAUCGGGGGGACACCGCACCCGUGCGCUACCUGUCCCUCAAAAGCCUUCUACCGGACACCACCGGUUACAUGACUUACGAGGGCAGUACAACGCACCCGGGUUGUUGGGAAACGGCGGUCUGGCUGAUCCUCAACAAACCAAUUUACAUCACGGCGCGAGAGCUGUACGCCCUAAGGAAAUUAAUGCAGGGCCCCUCCACUACGCCGAAAGCGCCUCUCGGUAACAAUUCCAGACCGCUGCAGGGUCUUCAUUAUAGAACCGUACGAACAAAUAUCGAUUUUGCCAAGCGGGGAAACGCCAAGUGUCCGUCGAUGGCGCAGGACAUGCAUUAUAGAGAUGACUUUUUCCUUCCAGCCAACACGUGGCGGGACGACGGUUCCCUAUCGCACAACGUAGUCUGAGGCCAUCCACGGGGCAGGACCAGGAGAAGGGACUUUUCUUUGAAGGAGUGGAACAAAAUGAAUUCAUGUAACGCGAUACAAAGGGGGAGUGGGAAGGAUGCCAAUGGGAAGAGCUAAUUUCUGACGGGAGAAGGAAGAAAUUGUGCCGUGGCUGUGUGAACAGAGACAGAACGUAAAUUUUAAAUACGGUUGUAAAUCGCCGCGAUAUAUGAACAUCGCGUAAUAACCCUCGAGAUGGACGAACAAUUGUAAUGUAAUCACCGCUAUGUCAUGCAGAAGUUAUAUGUACAUAAUUAUCUGCAAAUUAUACAUCAGAUAUAAUUUGUAGAUAAGUUUUGCAACGUCAAUCCAGUUUUGUUUUAUUCUCCGGAGUAGCGAGGACAAAGUUGCGUGUUGCUACACAGCGCUAACGUAAUUCUCGUAACACGAGUGAUCAAAGGAGCUUUAAGUGUCUUGUUGGGAUACAGAUUUUCGUUUAACGCUGUUUGUAAGUUUACGCAUUGAAGACUAUAACAGUUAUCAAGGAUGGGCGCAAUUUAAAAUAAUACGUGUUAUUACAAAUUACGGUGUGUAUAUACGAGUAUACACACAUGUAUACAUAUACAUAUAUAAUUUUGUAAAAUGGACAAUAGCACUUUCAGAUGAUGGAUGAUUCCUAUAGCGACGAGAUAGGCGUUGUCUCUUAAGGUAAGGAAACUUUUUUAAAAUGCCCAUCAUUGAUAAAAUCAUGUACGAUCAAUCUGUUUUUCCACGCGAGAGAUGGCGAGAAUAAAAUCGUGUGCUUGAAUGGUUUAAUCCCGCUGACGAGCUUGUAAAUCGGUCGAGUUAUUUGACAGGUUUUUGUCAAUUACUUCGUAGCCAAUGGCGAUACGACGUGAACGAUGUAAAGCGAAAACCAUUACGAAACGGGGGUGGGAAAAUGGGAUGGGGGAAAUGAAGCGGAAGCGCGGGAAGAAGCGGGACGAUCGUGAUGGAUCUCGGUGGAAGAUACAGAAGAAGAAAUAGCCGGUAUCUCGUUGGUGGAAGAGGCGGAGGAGAAGAGGCGAAGAGCAAUUUCGUAAUAGCUCCGGGAUAGAGAGGAGUAGGAUAAUAAAGAAGGAAUGGUUCGGAAGAGGAAGAGAUUAGGAUGAAGUCAUGUGGUAGAUCAAUCGCGCGGAAGAGAACGCGCUGGCUCUCCGUUAGCUUAGCCGGUGGACGAAUAAUCCGGCGCUUUUGUAUAUAAAAACACAGAAAAUGUACACGAACAGACAUUACCUAAAAUAGACGUUAAGCAGCGCGGAAGGCGAAACUUUUAGGGAGGAAAAAAAAGCGUGUGUAUAGAGAAUAAAGUUGUAUCAUAUGAAAAAGUGAACGUUUAACAAUUGUGGUUAAUAAGCAAACGGUAAUAAUAAAGGCGACGUUAUAUUGUACAGCAACA